CAGAUAUAGUGAAUGCAGGGUCCGGGGAGACCAGAUAUAGUGAAUGCGAGGUCCUGGAAAACCAGAUAUAGUGAAUGCGGGGUUCGGGGAGACCAGAUAUAGUGAAUGUAGGGUCCGGGGAGACCAGAUAUAGUGAAUGCAGGGUCCGGGAGACCAGAGAUAGUGAAUGCGGGGUCCUGGGUAUAGUAACAAUAUAAGGAAGGUCCUAUCUGAGAGAGAGAGAGACAGGGAUGAAGGUACAGGGAAAGACUGCAUCACAUGUCUGUGUCUGUCAGUUCUGGAGAACUGA